CCCGUCGGGGGCGGGGCUCCGAGGCCGGGAUGCGGCCCCGGGUUCCCCGGCAGCCUCCGCCAGCUGGACCCCGUCGCGCUCCUGAUGCUGCUCGUGGACGCCGACCGGCCGGAGCCCGUGCGCAGCGGGGCGCGCGAGCUCGCGCUCUUCCUGACCCCCGAGCCCGGGGCCGAGAUCAGGAGCGACACUUCACAGAUCUUGGAGGAAAACAUCCCGCUCCUUCAGGCCAAAGUGACAGAAAUGCGUGGCAUCUAUGCCAAAGUGGACCAGCUAGAGGCCUUCGUCAAGAUGGUUGGGCACCACGUCUCCUUCCUGGAGGCCCACGUGCUUCAGGCCGAGCGGGACCACGGGGCCUUCCCGCGGGCUCUGCGGAGGUGGCUGGGCUCCGCGGGGCUUCCCUCCUUCAGGAAUCAUCAUUCCCUGGAGAUUCGUCCAAGUUGCCGUGUGACUCAAGAGUUGGUGUGGAUGUGUUUGCAGGUGGAGCCCCAGUUGGAGAUAGCUAACUGGUGCUAUUUUCAACAUUCUUUUGUGGAGCCAACCACGUUUGAGGCCAGCCAACAAAACCUCCAAGGAUUCUGUUGAUAACCAGCAUCAGAGCGAGAACCGUACGGCUCGCACAUGACAGUAGCCGGCUGGGGACCUUGGCCAGCUGUUGAUAGAGGCCACGGACACUCGUCUGGAGGUGGACCACCACUGGCUGGACUCUGGGCAUAAGCGUGCCUCCUGUCGGGCCGCGGAGAAUCUGACAAGGCGGUUGCUGAACUGAGCAGACCCCUGGGAGGGGGUGGCUGGUUUGAUGCUCUGGGCUGGGAAAGAAACUUCCUUUCCUUGCUGUGUCGAGGGUGGGUCAGUCCUGGCUGCACCCGAAUCCAUCCGCCGAUGGCCCCCCUCUAACUCACCACUGCUCCUGCGGCUACCCUUUGCCCCGUGAUGUUUCCUCGGCCAAGGGUGCUGGUCCCACGCUCCCCAUGGAGCCACCCGUGAAUGACCCUUCUGAGGCGUGAACACCUACCCUGGGAGCCCAGAGACCCUAGGACGGGCUGCAGAAUUCGCAGGGCCCCUUUGUUAGAGCUUGUUAAGAAUUUCCAGAUAGUGACAGCGAGCAUUGAGGGAGAGCAGGGCCCGUGUGACUGCACGGGGAGGGGGGCACACCCAUGAGGCCAGCCCUGUCACCUGCAAGUGUCACACCCUGAGUGAGGUCCUGAGCCUGCUGAGUCUCAGUCCCCACAUCUGCGUAGCGGGAUUUACAGUUAGAACCUCUGCACCGGGUUGUCGUGAGCCGUGAUCUCAAGCAACGCAAGGUUUGGCGGCUGUUAUUGUCACGACAUGCGUGUUAUUAUUUAAUAGCUCUUAUCUGUGUCGUUGGCUCGGUCCUUUGCAGAUGCUGCUGUGCGCGCACUUGAUUUAUUUAUUUGUUUUUCAAUGACGUUUCUCUUUUGGGUGACUGUAGAUUUACAGAAAGCUCGUGAAGGCAAUACAGAGUUCUGGUCGGCCCCUUAAUCACUUUCCUUCACUGUCAUGUUACAGCACGAAGGCACUGUUGUCAACACCAACACACCAUCCUAGUCACUAAAUUUCUGGCCUGGCUGGGAUUUCACCAGAACUUUCGUAGACAACCGUUUUCCGCCCCAGGCUCCCCU